UGCUGCUGCUGUGACCUGCUGCUGUUUAGUUAACGAAAUAUUCUAGCUGGUUAAAACUCGUAUCGGCGAUAAUAUGAAACUAUUUUGAUACUACAGACAUAUGUGUCCUCGAGGUGAGCGCGCACAGAGUGACCUGGCAGAGGUCAUCAUGGAUUAGCUGUAGCCGAGUGGGUUUCUGAGUGACAGCAAGAACUGGGACAAGGGACUGUGGUGCUACUAACGUUAGCUAGCAGCUAAAGCAACUUAGCCUAUACGUUUUGAAUCAGCUUUACUGCAGCGACAGGUAUUAUGCAAAUUUCUGACAAGUCCUUCUGUGUGUGUCGCUUCAUGUCUUGUCUUCCUCUGGCCAUCAGCUCACUUUAUAUGGCUGUGUUUUCUUAGUUGUUGUUGUGUAGCGUUGGCGUUAGCCCUCAGCUGUCGUUGGCUGCGGCUAGCUAAUGUGUAGCUAUAGUUAUUGCCUCCCAGUGGUGGAAAAAGUAUUCAAAUCUUUUAACGAUUCCUUGAGCAGUUUGAGAUCCUUGAGAGAUUCUCAAGGCAGCAUGGCUCCCAAAGACAUCAUGACCAAUUCCCAUGCCAAAUCCAUCCUCAAUGCAAUGAACUCACUUCGCAAGAGCAACACACUCUGUGAUAUCACUCUGAGGGUGGAGAACACAGAUUUUCCAGCUCACCGGAUUGUCUUGGCAGCCUGCAGUGAUUACUUUUGUGCCAUGUUUACCAGCGAGCUUGCAGAAAAGGGGAAAUCUUUCGUCGACAUUCAGGGGCUCAAUGCGUCGACUAUGGAGAUCCUGUUGGACUUUGUCUACACGGAGACAGUGCUAGUGACAGUGGAAAAUGUACAAGAACUGCUCCCAGCAGCAUGCCUGCUGCAGCUUAAAGGGGUGAAAAGAGCAUGUUGUGAUUUUUUGGAGAGUCAGCUUGAUCCCUCCAACUGUCUGGGUAUUCGUGACUUUGCCGAAACUCACAAUUGCCUUGACCUGAUGCAGGCCGCCGAGCUUUUUUCCCAAAAGCAUUUCUCCGAGGUGGUACAGCAUGAGGAGUUCAUGCUGCUCAGCCAGACUGAAGUGGAAAAGCUUAUAAAAUGUGAUGAAAUCCAGGUGGACUCAGAGGAGCCGGUAUUUGAAGCCGUGUUAAACUGGGUCAAACACAACCGAAAAGAGCGAGAGCCCUACCUGCCUGACAUGCUUGAGUUUGUUCGAAUGCCGCUGCUGACCCCACGCUACAUUACAGAUGUCAUUGAUGCCGAGCCGCUCAUUCGGUGUAGCCUGCCAUGUCGAGACCUUGUUGAUGAGGCCAAGAAAUUCCACUUAAGACCGGAGCUGAGGAGUGAAAUGCAGGGCCCACGCACACAAGCCAGAUUAGGUGCCAAAGAAGUCCUGUUGGUUAUAGGUGGAUUUGGCAGCCAACAAUCACCAAUAGACAUAGUUGAGAAAUAUGAUCCAAAAACGCAAGAAUGGAGCUUCCUUCCUAACAUUGCACGGAAAAGGCGUUACGUCGCCACGGUCUCUCUCCACGAUCGAGUUUAUGUGAUCGGAGGCUACGACGGUCGAUCGAGGCUCAGCUCCGUGGAGUGCCUGGACUACACAGCGGACGAGGACGGCGUUUGGUACACCGUCGCCACCAUGAAUGUGCGUCGUGGCCUCGCAGGGGCCACAACACUCGGAGACAUGAUCUAUGUUGCUGGAGGUUUCGAUGGCAGCCGGCGUCACACCAGCAUGGAGCGAUAUGACCCAAACAUUGACCAGUGGAGCAUGCUGGGAGAUAUGCAGACAGCAAGAGAAGGAGCUGGUCUGGUAGUGGCCAGUGGACUUAUAUACUGUCUAGGUGGAUACGAUGGACUAAAUAUCCUGAAUUCAGUGGAGCGGUAUGACCCACACACAGGCCACUGGACAAGUGUUACACCCAUGGCCACCAAACGGUCAGGGGCUGGUGUGGCUUUACUCAAUGACCACAUCUACGUAGUGGGAGGCUUUGAUGGUGUUUCACACCUCGACUCUGUUGAGGUCUACAACAUAAGAACAGACUAUUGGACCACUGUAGCCAGUAUGACAACUCCUCGAUGUUACGUAGGAGCAACGGUUCUCCGAGGACGUCUCUACGCCAUCGCCGGAUAUGAUGGGAACUCACUUCUCAGCAGUAUUGAAUGUUACGACCCGGUUAUCGACUCCUGGGAAGUCGUUACUUCAAUGGCGACGCAGCGCUGCGAUGCGGGCGUCUGCGUUCUACGAGAAAAGUGAUCUUUGUGAAGAGCAAGAGCCACAAGAGGAAAAGCAGGCAGAAGGACAGGCAGCUAGACUUUACAAAGAUGUCAGUACAUCAGAGCCACAAAGGGAGAUGUUUGUUUGCCAGUAUACAAAUCGGUUCUCUCUCGAAAAAAGAAGUGCAGCAGUUUGGGCUGCCACCGCCACUGGAUGGUUAACCCUUCGCCACUUGGACCGUGCAACAGAGAUUCAGCUUCGCCGUGGUCGACUUCACCUCAAAAGAGGCCUCCGAGGAGCCCAUCACCACUUGCAUGACUCUCGUCGGUGGUACAUGUUGCUGUCGUUACCUGUGAGAUUAUUUUUUCAGUUUGUCUUCAAAGUGCAAUAUAUUUCUACUCAUCAUAAGAAAACAUAAAAGGUUGGAGCACAGUUAGACUCCAAGUUGCUGCUAUAUGCCUUAUGACUUUGGCCUAUAUUGAACAGUGAACAUUCAUGUUGCCUCCCAUUUUACUGUGAUGAUGGUUACAGUACAUUGGCUUAUUAUUGAGUUUACUCAUUUGGCAUUUGCAAGGUCAUUAAUGGGUCAAUAAUUCAACUGUUUUUGUAAUUCUUCCUGUAAACAGUGCUUUUAGAUUCUAAUCACUUUAUUACGAAAGGUUUAAUACUUAUUGUUGCUCUCAGAAUAUAUAUUUAGAGAUGAAUAUUGUUUUAGAAAAUGACUGAAUUGUACCUGUCGACUUGAUUAUUUUGUCCCUCUAUUUGGCAAAAUUGAAAAAUCACAAGUAUGAGGUGCAUGUGAUUUGUUUUUGUUUGUUUUUUUCCCUCAGCUUAUAAAUUUGGACAUGUCCAUGUAGGACACAAAGUCUUAACAUCACUGUUGCCUGGGAAGUGAAUAAACACACUGAGAACUGGCACAUUUUAUCUGUGGUACAUCUAAACACCUGUUGAGUGAUGCAGCAAGACAAAAUGCUGUAUACACGCUUCACACGUCGUCAGCUGAGUCAGUGGCAUCUGACGAACCAACCCUCCAUGCGAAGCAGUUUGAUGUCUCACGUUCACCAAACUGUACAGGUUAGAUGCUUCCAUUUUAUCACUGCACAACUUAAUGUUCCCAAUUUAACAUAAGGAAAUGGUAAAAACUGAAUGUCCGCAUGCCACAAAAUGACUGGUUUCACUAUCCAACCUCCCAAUAUGUCUAUUUUAAUAAAGCUAAGCAUUUUGUGAUA